AUGGCUCGUCGUACUCGCGGCAUCGAAGAUCAAGAUGAAUUGCACUGUCAGGACACAGAUUCAGAUGUGCAGGAACAGAGGGAAAAUAAAUGCAAGGUCAAGUGGACUCAUCAAGAGGAUGAGCAGCUGAAGGCGCUUGUGAGGCAGUAUGGGCAACAGGACUGGAAGUUUCUUGCAAGCCACUUUCCUAAUCGGAGUGAUCAGCAGUGCCAGUACCGGUGGCUGAGGGUUUUGAAUCCAGACCUCGUCAAAGGACCGUGGACAAAAGAAGAAGACCAGAAGGUCAUUGAACUGGUAAAGAAAUAUGGCACCAAACAAUGGACCUUGAUCGCCAAGCAUCUGAAAGGGCGCCUGGGGAAGCAGUGCAGAGAGCGCUGGCACAAUCACCUGAACCCGGAGGUGAAGAAGUCGUGCUGGACAGAGGAGGAGGACCGAAUCAUCUGCGAGGCUCAUAAGGUCCUGGGCAACCGCUGGGCCGAGAUCGCCAAACUCCUCCCAGGAAGGACUGACAAUGCAGUGAAGAACCACUGGAACUCCACCAUCAAACGGAAAGUGGACACUGGGGGCUUCCUGAGUGAGGCAAAGGACCCGAAGUCGGUGUACUUACUGGUGGAACUGGAAGAUAGAGAGGGUCAGACCAGUGGACUUCCUAAAGAAGGGCAAACCAGCCUGCUUCAGAAAUGGAGCAGUGGGGUGAUGGAAGUCAAAGAAGAAGUCAGCGAAGAGGAGGUAGCUGCUGCCACAUCAGGGGUCCAGGCCCCAGCCACCUCCCAGGAGCAGCAGGAGGGGUCUCAUGAAGAGCCACCCAAAGACUUGAUCCCUGACCCAGUGGAGGAAACUCCCAAGGAGCUGAAAUCUGAGGAUUCUUCCCUUGAAGUUGGCUCUCCAUACAAGUGGGUGGUGGAGGCUGCCAACUUCUUGUGUCCAGCUAAUAUGCCAAACUUGACGGAUGCCCUGGAUCUAAUAGAAUCGGAUCCAGAUGGAUGGUGUGACCUGAGUAACUUUGACCUUCCCGAGGAGUUAUCCAAUGGUGGUGGGAACAGCAGCAGCAGCAGUAACAGCAGCAGCCCCGUGAAGCAGACCUUCAGCAAGCCGGCAGCCUCUGCCCACAGCAUGACAGAGUACCGCCUGGACGGGCACACCAUCUCCGACCUGAGCAAGGGCAGCCGUGGGGAGCUGAUCCCCAUCUCACCCAACACAGAAGUCAGCUUCAGCACCCCCCCAUCCAUCCUCAAGCGGCAGAAGAAGAGAAGGGUCACUCUGUCCCCGGUCACGGAGAACAGCCCCAAUGCCAGCUACUCCUUUGUGGAUUCCUGUAAUAGCCUCACCCCCAAAAGCACCCCGGUGAAGACCCUGCCCUUCUCCCCCUCUCAGUUUUUAAAUUUUUGGACCAAACAGGACAAUUUGGAGCUCGAGAGCCCUUCGCUGACUUCUACACCCGUGUGUAGCCAGAAGGUCAUCGUCACGACUCCGUUGCACCGGGACAAGACCCCGUUGCACCAGAAAAGUAAUGCCUUUGUCACCCCGGAUCAGAAAUACUCAAUGGACAACACUCCCCACACACCCACCCCUUUCAAGAAUGCUCUGGAGAAGUAUGGACCACUAAAACCUCUGCCCCAGACCCCACACCUGGAAGAGGACUUGAAGGAAGUUCUUCGGACCGAGGCAGGCAUCGAACUGAUCAUCGAAGAUGACAUAAAACCUGAGAAGCAAAAGAGGAAACAAGGACUACAUCGGAGUCCAAUUAAGAAAGUCCGAAAAUCUCUUGCCUUGGACAUAGUGGAUGAAGAUCUGAAGCUUGUGGUUUCCUCUCUGCCAAAGACUAUGUCCCUUCCAACAAGCUUCCUGUCUAGCUCCCUCAAUCUGACCUCCUCAAGCAGCAAAGAGGACAACAGUCUACUUAACCGAGGCUUUCUGCAGACAAAGCCGGAGAAGGCUACGAUCCCAAAGUCACUGAGCCACUUCCAGGGCCCUGCCCCAAUGUCCAGUGCUUGGAAAGUCGUGGCUUGUGGCCGAACCAAAGACCAGCUUUUUAUGCAGGAAAAAGCCCGGCAGAUCUUAGGCACCCUAAAGCAGAGCCACACUUCUCGGACACUAAUUUUGUCAUGA